GGCAACAAAAAGAAGAGAGAAUAUAAAGCUUUGUGAUUACACAGAUCGACUCCAUCAUUCCAAUUUCUACCCAAAUUCCCAUACGAACCUCUCUCAAUAAUGGCAACACCGAUGGCCGAAGAUAGCAACUUCGAAGAUGACCAACUUCAUGCUAUGUCCACUGAAGAUAUUAUUAGGGCUUCACGCCUUCUUGACAACAAAAUUCGUAUCAUAAAGGAAGAGCUACAGAGAACCAAUCUUGAGUUGGAUUCAUUCAAGGAGAAGAUAAAGGAGAAUCAAGAGAAAAUUAAGCUCAAUAAGCAACUUCCCUACUUGGUUGGCAACAUUGUUGAGAUUUUGGAAAUGAAUCCGGAGGAAGAAGCUGAGGAGGAUGGUGCAAAUAUUGAUCUCGACUCGCAAAGGAAGGGCAAGUGUGUUGUACUGAAAACAUCCACGCGUCAGACAAUUUUCUUGCCUGUUGUUGGUCUUGUUGAUCCUGACAACUUGAAGCCUGGUGAUCUGGUUGGAGUAAACAAAGACAGUUAUUUGAUAUUGGAUACCUUGCCAUCUGAAUAUGAUUCCCGGGUAAAGGCAAUGGAAGUUGAUGAAAAGCCAACUGAAGACUACAAUGAUAUUGGGGGCUUGGAAAAACAGAUUCAAGAACUUGUCGAGGCAAUUGUUCUUCCUAUGACGCACCAAGAACGGUUCCAGAAGUUAGGCGUUCGUCCUCCAAAGGGAGUCCUUUUGUAUGGGCCUCCUGGGACUGGGAAAACCCUGAUGGCCAGAGCCUGUGCUGCACAAACAAAUGCUACUUUUCUUAAGCUAGCUGGACCUCAGCUUGUGCAGAUGUUCAUUGGAGAUGGAGCAAAACUUGUUCGUGAUGCUUUCCAACUGGCAAAAGAGAAAUCACCUUGCAUAAUUUUCAUUGAUGAGAUUGAUGCUAUAGGCACAAAGCGUUUUGAUAGUGAGGUUAGUGGGGAUCGAGAGGUCCAAAGAACUAUGUUGGAGUUACUUAAUCAGCUUGAUGGUUUUAGCAGCGAUGAUCGGAUUAAGGUGAUAGCCGCAACAAACAGAGCUGAUAUUUUGGAUCCUGCUUUGAUGCGAUCUGGUAGAUUGGAUCGGAAAAUUGAGUUCCCCCACCCCACAGAGGAAGCCAGGGCUCGGAUCUUGCAGAUCCAUUCCAGAAAAAUGAAUGUUAACCCAGAUGUCAACUUUGAAGAAUUAGCUCGAUCAACAGAUGAUUUUAAUGGGGCACAAUUGAAAGCUGUAUGUGUUGAGGCAGGCAUGCUAGCACUCCGUCGUGAUGCCACUGAGGUAACACAUGAAGACUUCAAUGAAGGUAUCAUUCAAGUUCAAGCCAAGAAGAAAGCCAGCUUGAACUACUACGCCUAAACUAAUUUGAGGUGCCACGGCGAGCAGCUUUUAGCUUUCAAAGUUGACAUGGCUACUGCAUGCUACCCCCCCCCCCCCCCCCCGGCCAAAAAGAACCUUCCAGUACCCCUUUUUCUUUCUGGCACAGGAGGGAGGGUAGGGAUAGAAUCUUUGCACAUUAGCCUUUGUGCAACACUUGUUGAUUGUUGAUAUCAAAAUGGUCUGCUGGUGUGUUGAUCUCUUCUUGAAUUUGUUCUUUUUAUACUUUCAUGCUGUAUAACUUAAUGACCUAUAUCGGCAAUUGAGACUUCUUGUUAAUUGGAAUUUAUCUUUAGUUUUGGACAAUAGCUACCCAAUAUAAGAUCUGCUAUUUGAUCGA